GUAUUAUCUAUGCAUCAGCUGAAGUCUGCUGAACAUAGAUUAUACACUUAAUAUAUUUCUGCUGAACAAAUGAAGUCACGUUGUUGUUUUCGUGUUGUUUAUUUUAUUCUAAAAGUAGUAAAUACUAUACAUUGACGUUGUAGAUGAAACAAUAAAUCUUUUCGUAAAAAAACUAUGAUUUAAAAUGGAUGCUGUAUUUGAUAUGUGUUAUCUAUCGGGAGCGGAUGGUAAUAAUGUUGAACCUAACGAUAUUCCUAAAACAAAGGAAAGUAUCUGGGUACUGGGGAAAAAAUACAGUGCUAUACAAGAUUUGGAUCGUAUUAGAAGAGAUAUCACAUCAAUAAUAUGGUGUACGUACAGAAAAGGCUUUGUACCAAUUGGUGAUGAAGGUUUGACUUCUGAUAAAGGAUGGGGCUGUAUGUUACGAUGUGGACAGAUGGUAUUAGGUGUUGCUCUUGUCAGAGUACACUUAUCUGUUGACUGGGUAUGGUCACCAGAAACAAGGGAUCCAACUUAUUUAAAGAUCAUACAAAGGUUUGAAGAAAGGAAACAAGCACCUUAUUCUAUCCAUCAAGUGGCAUUGAUGGGUGCCUCUGAAGGAAAAGAAGUUGGCCAGUGGUUUGGACCUAAUACAAUCGCUCAAGUUUUAAAAAAACUGACUGUGUAUGACAAGUGGAGUUCAUUAGCAAUUCAUGUUGCUUUAGAUAAUACUGUUGUCAAGGAAGAUAUCUUGCAACAAUGUUUAGUUAACAAUGAUAGAGGUGACACUUCUUCAGCGCCUGACGGUGUGGUGUCAGACUGGAUGCCUCUAUUGUUAAUAGUUCCACUGCGGCUCGGACUUAGCGAAAUUAAUCCUGUCUACGUAAAUGGAUUAAAGAUGUGCUUUCAAUGUCCGCAAUCGAUUGGAGUCAUAGGAGGCAAACCAAAUCAAGCUCUGUACCUGAUUGGUUGUGUUGAAGAUGAAGUUAUUUAUUUAGAUCCCCAUACAACUCAACGGUCUGGAUUAGUUGAGAGUAAGAUUACUGACGAUCAAAAGGAAAUGGACUGUACAUAUCAUUGUAAAUAUGCAUCUCGAAUACCUAUCCUCUCCAUGGAUCCUUCAGUGGCGGUGUGUUUCCUUUGUCGUACUAGAGGUGAUUUUUAUGAGCUGUGUGAAACUAUAGAACAGGAGUUUAUGAAAGAAAGCCAACCAUUGUUCGAAAUAUGCGAGAAACGACCGUCGCAUUGGGGACCGAACACAACCGACAUUGACUUUCAAAGCACUUCACUCUUUACGGAGUUUGAAGACGUGGACAGACAGUUUGACGACUCGGAUGAAGAAUUCGAAAUUCUUUGAAAAACGCAGAUAAUGUGGCCUUAUUGUGUAAUUUGAACAUUACGAAAGAGUAUUUACUAAGACAAAAGACAUUUUUACGAACCUUGUCAGAGGUUCGCUUUUUUUUUUUGUAAUCACUAAACUAACAAUUCAACGAACUAUAAGCAGAUUAUUUUUCUGAUAAACGUGGUAGGCUCUUUCAUUGAAUAAUCUUUUUGCUAUUAAUUGUCGGCUGAUUAUGUAUAGAACCAAAUCAUCAUUUGAGUCUUCUGAUUUUAAUUAACUCACAUAACAUCUGGUUUCGUGUAACUCCUAAACCAGAGGUGGGUUUUUUUAUAUAUUUGUAUUAUUUAUUAUUAAUAAUUAUUAUUAUUUACUUCUGCAUAAAUCUGUAUUAAGAGUUAAAUAAUAUGGCUGCUGUUUUGUUCCUAUUCAGGACACGACGUCACCUUGAGCUUAAAAUUGUUAGACCGAGGUCUUGUCCUGUUCGUCGGUAAGGAAAGAGAUACAAUUCUAUAAACAAGGGUCAUUUAAAAUAUGAAACUUGCAUUGUUAAAUUAUAUUGUCCUGGAACGGGUAGAUACAAUAUUUGAAAUGCUAUAUCAUUUAAAAUUUAUUAUAAUUUAUUUGUUGACAACUAAUAGAAAUUCUUAUUAGUUUUAUCUUUAGAGUUUACAACUCACACCAAAUUUGGAGAAUUUUUGGUUCAACCCGGUAAUUCCUAAAUCGAGUAUAAAACAUAUUUUUUUUUGGAGGUUAUGAAGAGUCUACUCCUAUAACCUCUACGUAUGAUCUAUCAGGGUAAAUGCAAAAAGUUUGCAACUAAUUACCCUGUAAUUGUUAUGCAAUAUCGAGACAUGGUAUUUAUUAUAGUUUAUUCAGGCACUCUUACGUUUGUAAUUGAUACGGUUAUUUAAACUAUUAAUUUGUUCAUUGCAAUUUUAAUUCGCACUGUGUGUCGUUAUUUCAAUAUUAACAUAAUGAGAAUGCCAAAACUGUUGAGUGAUUUAGCACGAUGGAUUUUUGAUAGAAUAAUUGUAAACUUUGUAACGUUAUUUUAUAUUUACGAAGACGACAGCACUAUAUUAAAGUAAGUACUAGAGUAUAUUAUAAAAUCGUAGUACGCGUAUUUUCUUAGUGCCGAGUGCAUAAGCUGUUGUUGGAUAGUUUGCAGUGCCUUUAAACGCAACAGUGACUUGUAAUUUAGAUAAAAUUAUAACAUUCCUAAUUUCGGAAUCGUAGUUAUAUUAUGGUUUAUUUUAUUUUUUUAGGUAUGUCUAGUCAAUAAUAAGCAUCUGAUAUUAUUAUAACUCGGAUCUUCUCUUUUAUUUGUUACAUACGUCGCUUUGCUGCAUUGUGUCUCCCAUGAUUUGUAAUUUUAGUUAAUUAUUAGAUAAAAGAAAUUGCCGUUCAUUUUAUUUAAUUACAUCUUACAAUGUUUGUUUUACAUAUUUAUGUGUCGCAUUAUUUUAUUUCUAAAGUUUUACUCGGCAGUGUAAAAAUGUAGAUAUUUAAAUAAUGGAGAAAAUGAGUCAAAUGUACUAUAACAUUUUUGUAUAACUUAGAUAACUGCCAAAGACCUGAAUAUUUUUGUAUUAAAGGGAAAUAAUAUUUUAA